UCUCGUGUGUAUCGCGUGCUAAAAAAAAAAAAACAUUUAAUCACACAUCGUACGCGUACGCAUUCUUGAAAAAUAAUGCUUUGUAUAUACUUGUACCCAUGUACGUAUUAUAAGUAGGCAUGUAGUAAAAUUCAGUGACCUCUGCCGGAGGAGGCCCCCUUGUAGGAGAGCAAGCGCGCGCGGUUGACGGUGGACAAUAGGGAAAACGCAUUUGGCGCCCGUUUCCUCGCGUCCUCCAUGUACUGCGGCGCUUGUUUCCCGCCGCCCGCGAUCAAAAGCCCGCCCAAUGUUGUUUGUUGGAUUUGACUAUCCACGCGUCACCUUUUUUUCACAUUAGUUUUUCAUUUGAGUUCCGGGCUUCUCGAUCUCUUCAAUUACCUACUUGUCUUCACGUGUCUCUCAUAACCUCCACUUAUAUUCUUUUAUUUGCGGUUUUAAAUAUUUUUGAAAAAAUAAAAAUUCUCAUGAUCUGAUUACCCGAAUUUUCUGAUUAAUUAUAUUCAUAUACUAGAUUAAGCAUACGUUUAUAAGAGGUUGACUUUAAUUCCUUAAACUGUGUUUGUACCUACUUGAUGUCAAUCAUUAUAGAAGGCUGUUGAAAAUAUUACAUUAGAUUUAUUCAUUGAAUUUUCCGUACUCAACGACAAUGAAUGACGCUAAUUCAUCUAGCAAUGAUGAAGCUUUUAAAAGAAAAAGACAUAAUUCUGAAGGUUAUUUAUACAAUGGUUCUAUAACUGGCAAGAGGAUAAAAGUGGAUCAUAGUCCUGUUGACCUUCCAAAUAUUUUAUCUAGAUCUAAAUUACAUAGUUCAACACAGUCAUCGCCUUCGGAUGAUUCUGAACAUAACUAUUUUAUGAAUUUACAAAGAAAUUCGAGAGUUAGAACUGACUCAGAUUCUUUUGAAGUUAACUCAGAAAAUAGUGAUUCCUUCCAGCAACUGACUGCUGGUAAUAAUGGAAGUGUAGAACGACGUCCAUUAUCUGAGUUACAAGUACUGUCGCCUGAAUCCCAUUCAAAUUUUUCAGACGAUAGGUCUGAAUCUGAUAUCAGUAGUCCUGCUCUUAGUGAACCAGCCCCAUUACUAUCUGACAAUGAACAAAGCCCAGAUUGCAUUGAUAGUUCUGAACCAAAGAAAAAUAUUGAAAAUGAUCCACCCACAUAUGUUCCAACUCCACGUUAUUCAAAUAUUCAUGAAACUGCUGUAAAUGCAGUAGUUUCUACUUGGAGCAAAUUUCGUGAUUUAGCCAUUAAUCAAAAACCUAUUGCAUUGAACGAAAGACCUUGUCCAUUGCCAGAACUUCCAUGGGGAAAACGUGCAGCUUUUUGGCAAAUGAUAUGUAAUAGGGAUUCUGCUACAUUAACCUACAGAAAUCCUGAUUACCAAGAAUACCAUGAACAUAUUACACCUCGUAUGAGAGCUAUUCUUUUAGAUUGGCUAAUUGAGGUAUCAUCUGUUUAUAAGUUGCAUAGAGAAACUUAUUAUUUGGCAAUGGAUUAUUUAGAUCGAUAUCUAUCAAAUAGUGAAUCUAUUCCUAAACAAAAACUUCAACUCAUUGGAAUCACAUGUCUAUUUAUGGCCGCCAAAAUGGAGGAAAUAUACCCUCCUAAAUUAACUGAGUUUGCAUAUGUUACUGAUGGAGCGUGUACUGAUGCUGAUUUAUUAGACAUGGAAAAAAUCUUAUUGAUGCAUUUGCGAUUCCGUUUAACACCUGUUUCUAUUAAUUAUUGGGUGGAACUGAUGUUGCAAUUCAUUUGUGUUGAUGAUAGCACUGCUGAAGAUAGUCUUAUUACCCCACAAUUUCCUCAGAAUUUAUUCAAUCAAGUAGCUCAUCUUUUAGAUUUAGCUUGUUUGGAUUCCAACUGUUUACGCUACUCAUAUAGUGAACUCGCAGCAUCUGCCCUUACUAUAGUCCUCAAUAAAAAUAUUGCAUUAACCAUUUCUGGUUUAUCAGAAGGAAAUGUAUGUAAUUGUGUUGAGUGGAUGUCUGUUUACUGGAGUGUAAUUAUAGAAGAAUAUCAAUAUGAAGAAAUUGAUUUUGAAAAUGAUUCGGAACAAGUAGAUGGCACCCAUGUUAAACAGCAACAUUUAGUCAGUAUGGAUAUGUAUGAUUUAGCACAAAGCAGAUUUGAACUUAUUCAAUUGGCCAGGGUCAAGGGUCCAGUAACUCCUUCUAAUUUAUUAACUCCACCGUGGAGUGGUAAAAAAUAUCCUGUUACAGCUGAAGACUGCAAACCCUCGUGCAGCUAUAAAUAAUCAAGUACUGCCACUUCCUAUAGUAAGAUUUUUGUAAAUUUUAAUUUGUAAUUGUCCUUUCAGUGGAUAAUCAAAUUCAGUUAUUUUAAAUUUUUCUAGUGUUAAAAAAUGUUUUUGAUUGAUCAGUACUGUCUUGAUGACCUGAUAAUUUAAAUGUGCAAUAUAUAUUUAAAAAAUAUUUAGUACAGUUUUUAGUAAAUUCUGAAAAUUUUUUUGAAUCAGAUAUUUUACAGUAAGUUUGACACUAAUGUAAUUUACUGAUUAUCUUUUGAAAAAUGUGUAAAAUUUAAAGUCAACAGUGUUGAAUUAAAUAUGGUGUUCCUC